UGAUGUUCGUAGAAAAGUCUACUGGAAUUAAUGAGGUGAUUAAAAAAAUGAGCAGCUAAUUAAGAAUAAGACCCACAGAGAAACCCAGAAGGAUCUGGAAGAAGAGGAGGAUCCUUUUUUCUUCUUGGAUAAACUCUCUCCUAUCUUUUUUUUUUUCCUUCUACUUUUCUAAUUUCUCACGACAAUUCUCCUCCUUUCGUACAUAGCAAAAGCCCUUCUCUCUUUUUUUUUUUUUUUCUUUUAUUCUUCAAAUUUCAAAACUCAAAAUCCUUCCUCAUCGUCGCUACAUUUCUCUGUGCUUGUCGGUUUCUGCUGUUGAAACAAGAAGACUCAAAAGGUACAAGGAAUCGGCCAUGGAAGAAGCAAUUGCAACGAGGUAUUGGUGUCACAUGUGCUCUCAAACUGUGGAUCCAGUCAUGGAAGCUGAGAUCAAAUGCCCCUUUUGUCAAAGUGGGUUUGUUGAAGAGAUGGAAGACGACGAUCAUGAUUCUUCUGAUCCGGCUGACGUUAGAGCAAACAACUCUCUUUGGGCUCCUAUCUUGAUGGAACUUAUGACCGAUCCUGUGCGCCGUAGGAGAAACCAGAGUGUUGAGUCUGUUGAAGAUAAUCAAAACGAGGCACAGACCGAGAGUAAUGAAAACAACGGUGAAGAAAAUGAUUUGGAUUGGCAGCUUCAAGAGAUUCUCAGGAGAAGGAGAAGACAUUCUGCUGCUGUUUUGCAGUUGCUUCAGGGGAUACGAGCAGGCUUGUCUGUAGAAUCUGAGAGUACUGGUAAUGGAGAUAAUAAUCCGGGACGGGUCAUCUUGAUCAAUACCUCCAAUCAGACUAUCACGGUUCAAAGCUCUGCUGAUAUGGAUUCUCUACCUGCUGGUUCUUUAGGUGACUAUUUCAUUGGCCCUGGAUUUGAAAUGUUGCUUCAGCGUCUAGCUGAGAAUGAUCCCAACAGAUAUGGGACACCUCCAGCUAAAAAAGAAGCUGUUGAGGCUUUGGGUACUGUGAAAAUUGAAGAUACUCUCCAGUGUUCGGUUUGCUUAGAUGAUUUUGAGAUUGGAACUGAGGCAAAGCUGAUGCCCUGUGAGCACAAGUUUCAUGGUGACUGCCUGUUACCAUGGCUUGAGAUUCACAGUUCAUGCCCGGUUUGCAGAUAUCAGUUACCUGCAGAUGAACCCAAGACUGAUUCAGUUACAACAACAAGUGAUAACAAUGGAGGCAGUGGUGCUCCUGCUACAAGCAGCCAUGGAGCUGAGAACAGCAGGCGCCAAGAAGAAGAAGAAGAGGAAGACGCGGAGGAGGAGAACGAGGACAAUGAUGGAAGCGGAUUCUCGAUCCCAUGGCCGUUUAGCACUUUGUUUACCUCGUCCCAAGAUAGCAAUGCACCAACGGAUUCGAGUUAAAACAGGUUCCCUGAGCAAUAUACGCUUUUUUGGUGUGAUCAUGAAAUCUCGGUUCUACCAAAAUCUGAUCUUUUGUCUGUACAUAAGUUUCUCAGAUUUGGUUAGAAAACAAAAAUCUUUCAGUUUGUGUUUUUUAAUGUUGUUUUGAACAAAUCUUUUGCCGGAUUCUGUAAGUCGCUUCUGUGUUUUUUGUUGUCGACCAAAGCCACUUUUGCAAUUUAGUUUGUUAAAUCAGCAA